AUGGAACAAUACUCUCAAGAAAACCCCUUGUUCGAUCUCCUCUACAUAUUGAGAGGAGCAACUCCUACCCAUCCAUUCUUAUUUCAUCAUAUCUUUCAAUACUUUGACAAGGAUCAAAAAUUAGCAAUAAAACUCUGUCGAAAAUUGAUGGAUUGCCAAGAUUGUAAUUCAAAAAAUCAAAAUGGACACACACCACUCUAAAUUGCUGUGAUUUACAAUUAGAAGGCUGCCAUACGCUAUGCUCAAUAAGAUGGUAGGUUCGAUUUUAAUGAUCAAACAUUGAUGUCAUUAGCAAUCAUUCAUGCCUACUUUGAAAUUGUUGAAAUCCUCUUAUUCGAUGAAGGCCUAUCAGUAAUGCAAGCCAAUUUGAGGAUGAUGAAUUCUCAAUCAGCAAUCAAUUUAAAAAUUCUAAAAAGGUUUGAAAAACUUGAAAUCUAGUAAGCCUUAAAUGAGGACACAUUUGAAUAUUAAGAAAUCAUAGUCAAUCGAAUCCCUCAAUUUCCGAUUCCCAAGACCCCUAGUAAAAUUAUCAUUGAGACUAUCGAUGAAAGUCUUAUACCAACUGCUGAGUGCAUUGAGGAAAUUAACUAAGAAAGUGUGUUAAGAAAGCUGAAUAGAAAUGGAAACUUUUUGAAAUAAAGUUCAUGCCAAGAUAAUUAAAUUUACAAAUAAAAACAAAAAUAAAAAACUAUUGAAUUAUAAGAACAUCGAGUUUCUUACAAUAAUUUAUUUAGAUGCGAAAAUUUUGUUUAAUAAUUAUUAUGCAAAAUAUUCUAAUUUAAAUAUCCAUAAUUAGAUUUAGUGAUGUUAUUGUUUCUAUAAAAAGGCUAUCUUGAUUGUUAUUAUAAGAAUUUAGAUAGUCUAAUCGAGUAGAUGUUGAUACCAAUUCCUACUGAAUAAUCUAAUUCCGAUUUUGAUUAAACAAAGAAAAUAGAUAAUUAUUGCAGAGAGUUUAUAAAAGAAAUUACAUAAAACCUAAAUGGUUCGAAGUAGUAACUAUAAAGGUAGCGUUAGCAUUUUAAUAAUCUCAAAGUACAGAACUAAUCCAAAUUAAAAUCUGAUGUUUCCUAUCAAAGUAAUAAUUAGAAAGUGUUAAUAAAUUGCUAAGAUUUACUCCUUAUUUAUAAGGGUUUGUUUUAAAUAUUACACAAACCUUACAUGAAUAUAGAGAGUUGUUUUUUUAUCUUGGAAUAGUUUGAGUUGAUUAAUAAAUUAGAUAUGAUUCCUCAAUGCUAAUUAAUGACUGCUGAUGAGACCAUAUCUACAAAUGUUUAAUGA